CCCAUUGCUUGCCGAGAGGCCCGCGUUCGUUCUUGCCUCACCUUCACACCCGAGAUCCUGGGAUUCCGCUCUUCUGAGGCCUCAGCCAGAUCCUGCCUUCACCACCAGCCUCCUGUUCCCUAAGAGUCUCCCCCAGGGGCCCUCGUCCUGGGCCAUGGCCCUAAUGGUGGGCCUGGGCCCUGGGCGCCUGGAAGCUGUGGCCAUUCUGCUCCUAGUUGGAUUGCUCCAGUCAAGAAUGGGAGCUGUCUGGGCUGAAGCCUCCUGUGGUGCGGUUAUCCAGGCACGCAUCACAGGUGGUGGCAGUGCAAAGCCUGGUCAGUGGCCCUGGCAGGUCAGCAUAACCUACGACGGCGUCCACGUGUGUGGCGGGUCUCUCGUGUCCAAUCAAUGGGUGGUGUCGGCUGCUCACUGCUUCCCCAGAGAACACAGCAAGGAACAGUAUGAGGUAAAGCUGGGGGCCCACCAGCUGGACUCCUACAACAAUGACACCGCGGUCCGCACAGUGUCUCAGAUCAUCUCCCACUCAAGCUACCGUGAAGAGGGCUCCGAGGGUGACAUUGCACUCGUCCGCCUCAGCAAACCUGUCGACUUCUCCCGCUACAUCAAACCCAUCUGCCUCCCUGCAGCCAAUGCCUCCUUUCCCAACGGACUCCACUGUACUGUCACGGGAUGGGGUCAUGUGGCUCCUUCAGUGAGCCUCCAGACCCCCAGGCCUCUGCAGCAGCUUGUGGUGCCGCUGAUCAGCCGUGAAACCUGUGGCUGCCUGUAUAACAUCAACGCCGUGCCUGAAGAACCGCACACUAUCCAGCAGGACAUGCUGUGUGCUGGCUACGUGAAGGGGGGCAGGGACGCUUGCCAGGGUGACUCUGGGGGCCCACUCUCUUGUCCCAUAGAGGGUGUGUGGUAUUUGGCAGGCAUUGUGAGCUGGGGUGAUGCCUGUGGAGCUCCCAACAGGCCUGGAGUGUAUACGCUGACUUCUACCUAUGCUUCCUGGAUCCACCACAAUGUGGCAGAACUCCAGCCUCGUGUGGUUCCCCAAACUCGGGAGUCCCAGCCGGAUGGCCACCUCUGCAACCAUCAUCCCAUCCUCAGCUCAGCCGCAGGCCGGGGAUCACUAAGGCCUAUACUCCUCCUGCCGCUGGGCCUGACCCUGGCCCUUGGCUCCCUUUGGCUUGAACAUUAAGCUACGU